AUGGACGCGUCUGGCCUGCCUGCCGACAGCCGGGACGCGGAGGGGGACAGCCGGGACGCGGAGGGGGAGAAGGCGGUGCUGCACGCGGCGGUGCCGCCCAUGCUGUCAGCGGAGGAGGACGUGGAGCAGCCGCAGCGCAUGCAGCUCUUCAUGGCGCACCUCAUGGCGCACCUCUUCUGCUGCGGUACCCUCGCCCGCCCCCACUGCGACAUCCCCGCCGGGCCCCCAGAGGCCAGCGACCCGUCACCCCCUUCGCGAGGGUUUGUGCCCAUAGAUCGCUCCAUGCCGCCCAUCAUGCACUUACCCCAGCGGCCGCGUGCCAGAGGGGCUAUUGCCGACCGCCUCCGGAGCGAUUGCUUCGAAUUUUCUCCGUGCGCGCGCACCCGCCGUUACCCUUGGCGAUUCGGCGGCGAGCGCAGCCGUGUUGCUGUCGCAGCAGCGCAGUUGUCCGCAAUGACGGCGGGGACAGGCGGAGCGGGGGGAUCAAGGGUGGUGGAGAGCGGGGGAAGCGGGGACAGUCGGGAGUGGGAGAUGGGAGAGGGAAGAAUUCGUGGAGGACGCGUGAACAUCGUUCCGCCGCAAGAAGCGGUGGAGGAGAAGCGGGCGGGCACGGCUGCAAGGGGAGUGCGCGUGGGGGAGGUGGUGCGGGGCAGCGGCGUGGAGGAGGGAGGGCUGGCAGGCGCGUCACACAUGAGCGUGCGUGAGGGCGAGCACGUGGAACGAGGCUGUGCUGCAGGGGUGGGAGCGAGGGCAGCAGCAGGGCGAGGAGACAGUGCGGCAGCAGAGGAGCAGGGCAGUAGAGAAAAGCGUCCAACGACCGAAUGCUGUUGCAUAUUCGGGUGGCCCAUGUUCAAAUACACAUACCAGAGCAACUUCGGCUUGGUUCGCGCGCACAGGAAAGUUCGGCGCCCGCGAUGA